AUGUGGACACCAUUUGGAAUCAAUCGAUUCCAUUUCUUAUUACUAGUCACCUGGCAAUUCACCAUGUAUUUUGCAUCCCAAAUGAUAUUCUCGAUCUUUGCCAAUUAUUACCCACGAUGGCAGCAACCAGAUACCCUAGCAUAUACAAAGGACUGUGGAGUAUACAAUAUGUACAACGGUACUACCGUAGCGCUGGAGCCCCCCGCUUAUUCAUCGGCUGCCCUUGAAUUUCAUUGGAUUUGCCAAACAGAAUACUUCCAAACCUUCUUCUCGCAGGCUGUAUUUGCUGGUGUUCUUCUGGGAACGUUUUCGUUUGGAACAAUCUCCGAUGCUUUCGGAAGGAAACCAAUAGCCGGAUUCGCGCUAUGCCUUGGCGCUACUAUGAACUUCUUAAUGGCGCUUGCCCCAAAUAUCUACUUACUUUUGCUUGUGCGCUUUUUCAUGGGCCUGUCAAUUGGUGGUUCCCUGGUUGUCGUGUGUACCUAUGUCAUGGAGAUGCUUGAGCCUCAACAGCGAAUGGCACUACGCGCUUUCAUUAAUUGGGGAGUAGCCCGUUUGAUGCUUACAAUCGUUUGCUACGAAUUCCCGGAUUGGAGAACAUCGUCUAUGAUUAAUGCAGCAAUGGUCACUCCAGCCAUUCUCCUUGUCGUAUUCCUCUUUCCCGAAAGCCCCAACUGGCUUCACCACAAGAACAAAAAUGAACAACUGGUACAAAGCGAGAAGAAGAUCGCCAAGCUUGCCGGUAUCCCGUAUACGCCCGGUGUCCAUAGACCGGUCGAACGAUCGAAGAACUUCUUCGAAAUGCUAAAAACUGGAGGACUCAAGAAACGUCUAGCUGUUUUGUGGACUAUGUGGUUCUCGGCUUCGAUCUGUGGAUACGCGACCGAUCUAAACUCAAGUACUAUCUUGGGCGAUCUUUAUUGGAACCAAGUUGUCUUCUCUGUACUGAUCGCUGUCUCAAAAAUGGUUCUUGUGGUGGUUGAUGCGAACUUUGCCUGGUUUACCCGACGGCGACUUCAUCAAGGAAGUCAAGCAGUCGUUUGUGUCUGCUUCUUGAUUUUGACGAUUAUGACUGUUUUCAAUCUUUAUUUGGACUCGAUCGCAUUCCUUGUGAUCAACGUGAUUGGUACCGUAUUCAUUGAAUAUACUUGGGAUGCUUGCUACCUAUGUGCCGUCGAAUCAAUCGAAACUUCUAGCAGAGCUUCCGCCACCGGCUCCUGCUCCUUUGUUGCUCGAAUCGGUGCUCUUAUUGCCCCUGUGCUGAAACUCCUCAACCAAAAAUGGGCCCCAUCCCUCUACCUCAUCGUGACUGUCGUCGGAACCAUCAACCUCAUCGUCUCCUACACCUUGCUCAUUGAAACUAAGAACGUCGACCUGGAUAGGGUGACAAGCGGCGGGCAUACCGCUGAAGAAAGCCCUAUGCUCGAAAAGGAGGGGAAGAAAGAUGUGGAA